GCCAGCGGAGGUUACGACUGACGGCCUCAGCCGGCGUACCCCCUUCCCCGACGACUCCUCUGCAAGCAACGCAAGCUUCCUCAGCAACACGCCCUCGCUCUGCGAUUCGUCCUUCUCAUCAAAUGCGUCUUCCUACUUCGGCGACUCGCUCUCUCUGAAUGGUCUUUCCGUCAAUGGCUCGAAGUCAAACCUGUCAUUUAACGUCAGUAACUCUGCGUACGAUUCUAUGUACCCCGAAGCCGGCUCUGACAGGCGCAAAUCCUAUCCCGCGGGCGAUCCCUUGGGGAAACCCGAUCUCCCAUCCGGGUACCGUAGCUACUCGUUCGACAGAACCACCUUCGCCAUCUCGGGCGUAGACCAUUCCGCUUCAAACUCUCAUCAUUCCGCCGUUCAGUCAUCUGCGACUCUUUCCUUCCCUCGUCCGCCCCUCUCCUCUGAUAACACGGAGGACUUCCUCCCCGCAGAUUGGCAGCAAGCCCAGCGCAAGGCUGACGCACUAUGCGACGAGCUCCACCGCGAACAGGCUGCCUGCGACGUCGCCAAGGCUACCUACGCACGCGAGCGCGCCGACCGCCGCCAGAACUUCGUCCACCGCAUGAACCAAACCUAUGAAGCCAGGGAAGCCCCGCUUGCCGCCACACACCGCAACAACCUCGCCGUCAUCCGCGCCGCGCACGAGCGUCGGCAGAAGAAGCUGCGCGACGCUGUCGAGAAGCGGAAUGAGAUCAUUCGCGUCGCCGAUGAGUUCGUCGCGCGCCCGCACUGUCGGCUACCACCCCAGAUCGAGGGCUUGGUGAACGCGUUUCUGGGCGGCCCGCUUCGUCAGCAGCUGCUGAAGAGGAUCACAGAAGACGAGGAGGUCUUGAAGAAGGGCGACGAUGCGGAGAGCAAACAGAGCGGAUCUGGACAGCGCGUAUAGGGAGAUGUUGCGGAUGCGGGAAGGGGCGUUG